AUGUUCAUCUUCAUACCCUAUUUCAGCUCCACAGCACGCAGUCCCGGCUCGUAUUUAGUUGUGUUUGGACUCGCCUCAUUGAUCUCACUUAUUGUGGUCUCCAUUCUCUACUCGGAGGCAUAUUCCGAUUUAAAUGCAUUACAGACGUAUCAAUGCCAUAUUCAGAGACAAUUCAUCACUCAACGAUUGUGUACGGUUCAGGAUUGUACCAAAGCUCAACAAUUUAAUAUUCGUAAUUUUGAACCACCUCGCAUGUAUGGUGGUUCCGAUCCCACGUCGACAAAUUUGGAAAUGUUCAAACAGAGGAAUGAAGAACAAGUGACACAGCUGCUGCAACAACAACCAUCCCCAACGACAUGUCAAAGUUAUACCUCUUUGUGUUAUGAAGCCGAGUGGUAUGUCAAUUACAAUGGUUAUUAUGGAGGAUAUUCCACAAUUGCAUCGGGAAUGGUUUCGACAUCUCCGGAGCAAGCAGCUCAAGUUUUGGAAUUAGUUUCCAAUCGUUCGGUCAUUCCAUAUAAUUGCUAUGCUCGUGCAAGUUAUAGCACGUUUCAUUGGCAUCAAUGGCAAUUUCCUGUAUUGAUUCCACAAGAUUGGCUGAUUGGAGUUAUUGUCACUUCGGUGUUGACAUCACUUUUUAUGUUAAUGCUUGUGGUGUAUUUGGGAGUGUGUAUAUAUCGAAGAAGAAGAAGUAGUAGUAGUAGACGUGCUUCAUCGAUUAAUGAUAGUGAGAAACAACCUUUGAAUAUUGAAAACGGAAGAAAAACUCCAUCUUCUUCUGCUUCUUCAGGAGCUACCAAGAAGAAAGCAACGACAACAACCACAAGAAAUGUCACUAGCCAUGCAACGUCGACGACACUGCCUCGAACGCAACAACAACAAAUACCUGCAACAACCAAUGUCAUGGUUUCACAGCCACAACAAAAUACUCAAUAUUAUAAUAAUACGGCAACAACUCAGAUUGGAAAUAACAAUAUGGACAAUGGAGCAAUCGUUUAUUACAACAACAAUGGUGGUGCUGUGAACAAUGCUCAGAGCUCUGGAGCGAAUUAUCAACAACAACCACAACCUCAAUCCAUGUAUCAGAAAUAA